AUGCCUGUGCUUGCCUUACCCUUCUACAUGCCGCCCCUCAUCAUCUCAUACCGGCAACCUUGUCUCUGCUCCUCUUGCAGCCGCCUGCACUACAACUACUUUUUCCCACUUUCUUUGGCCGAUCAUCGCGUUUGCCCGCUUCUUAUAGCGCCUCCCACCCCUCUCUCGCUGCUCUCUUCCUUGGCCAGUGGCGUUGCCAGCAACUACCUUACAGGCACCGUGCCGGCACUCUCCAGCGGUCUUCGCACGCUGGACGUGCGAUACAACUUCCUCACGAACGUGCCAGCAGUCACCUACACGUACUGUGGCGGCAACAACAACUGCCUGCUCACGCCCUCCAAGUGCGCCACCGCUGGCUCCACUCAGAGGCCUACGGCGGACUGUGCCAUCUGCGGCACCACCAACGCCGUGGGCCCCUUCUGCACUGCCUCAGGAGAGGUGUGCAUGCCGGACGCGGCUGCAAAUGAUGCCGCGGGCACUGUGAAUGCGCCGGUGCUUCCCUUGCUCUUCAUGGGCAACCUGGAAUCUGCAAAACUCGUGCGCAAGAGCUUCCCCUCAGACAUCUCUAAGCUCACGACUCUUACCGGCCUAUCCAUGAAGUGGCUGCGAUGCAACUACCUCACGGGCACGCUCCCAGCGAGCAUAACCAACUUUAAGUAUCUGGACAUUGGUCUGAACUUCUUUGCUGGGGUCAUGCCGUCCCCAUCCUGGAAGCUUUGCAGUGCCUACUACAACUGCUUCUCUAACCUGGGCAACUGCGCUUGGCAAGCGAGGGUUGCAGGCCAGUGCAGCAUCUGCGGCAGCACUGACUGCACGGGCACGCUGUGCGGACCCGGGAAGGCGUGUUUGCCGCAGGACGCUAGUGCUCUGAUCGCGGCUGGGACGUUGAAUGUGGGGCAAACGAACCCAGCUUGCAUGGACGUGCCCAUGACCAUCCACCCCGUUGACGCCGCCGCCCUGCUGAACAUCAAGAGCACGCUGGGUGUGACGUACACCACGUGGACCGCCACCAGCCCGUGCCGCCUGUUUGGAAGCUUGCAUAAUAACUCAUCUGCCCUCUUGCAUUCGGUGUCACACGUGGGGUGGGGUGGGCCCAAUCCCUUCCUUGCAUCAGUGCUGUGGACGGCCUGGGCCUCAAGGGGUCAAUCCAUGCUGAGAUGUCCGCGCUCACGACUCUCACCCGAGUGUGAGUCUCCUCUGCUUCACUCUUAUGCUGCUGUACUUGCUUUCACAUGGCUCUCCUACCACCAUGUUGCUGCAUUCGAUGAUGCCUUCCCUAUUUUGGCCUGCUUUUGUGGUCAUGUGGAGCCAUGUUGCAUUGAUACGUGUGGUGAAGGUUCAAGUGCAAUAGCCUCUCUCACCUCCUUUUCCUCACCUCACCUGCGCCCUCUGCACGCCCCCUCUUCCUUCUGCUCGCCCCCUUUGCCCUCUGCACGCCCCCCUUUGCCUUCUGCUCGCCCCCUUUGCCCUCUGCUCGCCCCCCUUUUCCUUCUGCUCGCCCCCUUUGCCCUCUGCUCGCCCCUCCCCCGCAGGUCGCUGACGUCCAACUUCUUCAACUACCGCAUCGACUCCUUUACCUCAAGCAUGAAAGCCUUGCCCAAUCUGGUCGACAUGUGA